AUGACGUCACUUAAACAUGGAGUCAAUCUCAGCAGAAGAGCGUGCAGGCGAGCUCUCACGCUGCUAUCUGCUGCAACUCUCCUGGCAAUCACUUUCUGCAAUCCUAUUGAAAGCACCACAAAACAAACUCCGUCCAUAACAGUCGAUGGCAUAUCCACGUAUCCUGGACUCGGGUUCGGUCCAAUGGGGCCCGUGGUGCCACUCCCUGGCGAUCCCCCUGGGACCCAACUGCGCCAGAAGCAGGAGACUACCACCGAAUCAACAACUACAGCUAAACCAAAGAAGGAACGAACAUUUGUCAUAGCGGCUGUUGAGUUCCAUCGUGUCGAAACGCCGUUUCUGAUCGGGCUGUGGAUAUUUUUUGCAAGUCUUGCUAAAAUUGGAUUCCAUAUGGUCCCAAAAUUUUCGAAGAUGUUUCCUGAAUCCUGCUUACUGAUUUUUGUUGGAGUCCUUAUUGGAGCUCUACUUCUAAGCACACAUAGUGUGCACGUGCAACCACUGACUCCGGAUACAUUUUUCUUAUAUAUGUUGCCACCAAUUAUUUUGGAUGCCGGUUAUUUUAUGCCUAAUAGGCUAUUCUUUGACCACCUUGGAACAAUAUUAUUGUUUGCGGUAGUGGGGACGGUAUUCAAUACACUAACUAUAGGAGUGUCUCUUUGGGCAUGUGGUCAGACAGGUAUGUUUGGAUGCACUACGCCGCUUCUAGAUAUGCUUUUGUUUGGAGCACUUAUUUCGGCGGUGGAUCCUGUUGCUGUACUGGCAGUGUUUGAGGAAAUCCAUGUGAAUGAAGUUCUGUAUAUUGUUGUUUUCGGUGAAUCACUGUUGAAUGACGCGGUUACCGUCGUCCUGUACCAUAUGUUCGAGGCCUAUACGGAAAUGGGUGCAUCUCGGCUUAUGUACACAGACUUCUUGGCGGGAUUUGCCUCCUUCCUUGUGGUUGCUGUGGGAGGAACCUGCAUAGGUGUCGUGUGGGGCUUUGCCACUGGACUGGUCACCCGUUUCACAAACGAAGUUAGAGUUAUCGAACCUAUUUUCAUCUUCGUCAUGGCAUACCUAGCGUAUUUGAAUGCUGAAAUGUUUCAUAUGAGUGGAAUUUUGGCUAUAACAUUAUGCGGUAUAACAAUGAAGAAUUACGUAGAAGCAAAUAUUUCUCACAAGUCGCACACGACCAUUAAGUACACUAUGAAGAUGCUGUCAUCCUCGUCAGAGACAAUCAUAUUCAUGUUCCUCGGUGUAGCGACAGUCAAUAAUAAUCACGUCUGGAACACUUGGUUCGUGUUAUUGACUAUUGUAUUUUGCUCAGUCUUUCGCAUUAUAGGUGUGUACAUAUUUAGUGCCCUAGCUAAUAAGUUUCGCUUGCAUAAACUGAAUACAGUGGAGAAAUUCGUUAUGUCUUAUGGAGGUCUCCGAGGUGCUGUCGCCUUUGCAUUGGUGCUAUUAAUAGAUCCAGAGGUGGUGAAACUACAGCCGAUGUUUGUUACUACUACAAUUGCGGUGAUUUACUUCACAGUGUUUAUUCAGGGAAUCACAAUAAAACCAUUAGUAAAGAUUUUAAAUGUAAAAACCGUGGAAAAGAGGAAACCGACAAUGAACGAAAGGAUACAUGAAAGGUUUAUGGACCAUUUGAUGGCAGGGAUUGAAGAUAUUUUAGGUAAACAUGGCAAUCACCAUAUGAGGGAUAAGUUUAAGAGAUUUGAUAAUCGAUUUAUCCGACCUUUCUUGCUGAGAAAUUACCAGGGGGCUGAGCCAAAAAUUUUAGAAACAUAUUCUAAAUUAGCUAUGAGGGACGCAAUAGAAUAUAUGCAGAGAAAUGCUUCGACAAUUGGAAACAUAUCUGGUGCUGAGUCGAUGUCAGCCAUAUUUAAGAAUUACACAAACGCUAAUUUCAACGGAAGUCCUAGCUUUAGCCAGUUGGACUCGUCUACGUGGAAUAUAGACAUGCAGGAAUUGGAGUAUAAUCCGUCCAAAAAAGAUUUGACAGAUGCACGAAUUCACCACUUGCUUGCUGAAGAGCUUUGCAAACCUUAUAGAAGACACCGUCGACUCAGCUACAGUAGACACGCAGUAAAUGAUCGUGAUCUGGGAACACAAGUAAAUUAUAAAACGCACAUGAACAUACGACGGCUUGUCGGCGACCGAAAACACCAUCACAAGCGCAGCAAACGUGGAAAGCAGGAUGGCAAAAACCAUGUAUCUUUCCCAGAAUUCCAGCAAAAUGGUUCAGCCAAACAGUUUACGCACGACUACAUAGACGAGGUUCUACAAGAGGACGAGGAACGCGAGCCGCGCCGUGAAGAAAACGAUGGCGGUAUUACUUUCACUGCCAAAUCCCCGCCUGGAUUAAAAGAAGUCAGUCCGACGUCCUCGCAUAAAGAGAACAGUAGUUCACUCUUAAACCAAUUGGCUAACCUGCCUGGAUUUAAUCCUUUGAAAGCGAGGAUUGUUAAGCAGUAUGCUAAAACACCCGAAGAAAUACUGCCGACAGCUGUUGAAAAAUCAUUACCGUGGAGAAGGGACAGAUCCACGUACAAUUUCGUGCCAAACGAGGACAUCCUAGAGGAGGACGAAAGAAGAAUGUCGAACGAUAACGAUACUUAUAUGACGGUAGUCGAGCAAGCACGAGUAACUACCCCUACGGCCACGGAGACCAUGUUACCUUGGAAGCGAGAGGAGACAGAAGGGUCGGGAGCUCUUAAACAAUCUGAGUUUCCAUCUUGGGCCUCCAACAAGGAAUAUCUAGCGUAUAGUUCCCCUUCUGCGACUUUUCUAGGUGGUAUAGAGAAGCCAAAACAUCCAAAAUCUAUCAUAGGUUUAUUCAGAAGAGAGAGCUCAAGUUCCACGCAAGGAGCACCGGAGUUACUCUCAGGGUCAGAAAACGAAGGCAAUAAAACAGACGGCAGUAAAGGCGAGAGUUCUUCUGUAAAAGGAGAAUCAGCGGGUUCUUCAAGAGCAGCCCCAAAUUUCCUUUCGAAAAGAAGCACAAGUUUGGGUGGUCCGUCAGUUUUAUUGAUGGAAGACGUGGCACACUCUGACCCACUUGGUGCCUCAACAAGACCUGCUAGUAUAAUGCAAGGACCACAUAGAGGGCAAUGUAGGAGAGGAUCUAUGCUGGAGUUAACUGGGUCAUUAUCGCGGGAUGCAAUCACCGAGGAAAAAUGUAGUAAAUCACUGCCGGAGAGCGAAAGGAUGGGUGUACGGAGGCUGCAACUGGGACAGCAAAGUCUACCGCGGGAGCCAUUUAUUAGACAAAUGGCGAUGACUCCCAACCUUCUCACCAGCUCAUCGUCCGACGAAUCGUCCGACGAGAACACCUGA